CUUGGGGAGUAUCCGUCCUGUUUUUACUUUUGGUAAGAGGAGUGCUGCCAUUGUGUUGCGAAAGCAUAAGCAUCGUCUCGACGCAGGAUAAAAGAAGUGGUCCUUGUUGUGACAGAUCUGAUCCAUGCUUCUGUCCAGUACAGAUCACCGGUUAGCUUGCGUUGACAUCCUCGUCCAUGAGCUAAGGGAUGGAUGAGAGCGGCAAGAAGCGUCGUCACCACUUCGUGCUGGUGCACGGUCUCUGCCACGGCGCGUGGUGCUGGUACAAGGUGGCCACCGCACUGGAAUCCGCCGGCCACCGCGUGACCGCGCUCGACCUGCCCGCGUGCGGCGCCAGCUCCCUGCGCGCCGACGAGGUGCGCUCGUUCGAGGAGUACUCCCGGCCGCUGCUCCGCGCCGUGGCCGCCGCGCCGCCGGGGGAGAAGGUCGUCCUCGUCGGCCACAGCUUCGGCGGGCACAACCUCGCGCUCGCCAUGGAGGCGCACCCGGAGAAGGUCGCCGUCGCCGUCUUCGUCUCCGCGCCCAUGCCGGUCGCCGGCCGGCCCAUGUCAGCGGUCUUGGAACAGCAUCUACAAGGAGAUUCUGCACCGGAUUCCUUCCUGGAUUGCACAUUUGGAAUCCUGGAGAGAGGCUCGGAGAAUCCAGCGGAGACAUUCCUCGUUGGCCCAGAGUGGUUGUCACAGAGGAUGUAUCAGCUCAGCCCUCCAGAGGACUUGACACUAGCCAGAAUGCUGGUUAGGCCGGCGCAGAUGUUCCUCGGAGACGAGGCCAUGACCGGGGAGAAGGUUCUGACGGAGGGCAGGUACGGCGCGGUGAGCCGGGUGUUUGUGGUCACCGAGGAAGACAAGACGUGGCCGGCGGAGGAACAGCGGCGGGCGGCGGCUUCCUGCGGCCCUGGCGUGGAGGUGAGAGCGAUCGGUGGAGCCGAUCACGUGCCCAUGUUCUCCAAGCCGGCGGAGCUCGCCCAGCUCAUCAUGGAAGUAGCUGACAAGUACAGUUGAUCGAGGAAGCGUCAAGUAUUGCGCCUUUUGAAGAACUAGCAACAAUGGACUCUUGUUUCAUACUCCUACUGUCCUACGUAGGCAAAACCAUUUAUAACGGUGCCAUCUCAUGCUCGGAUCCUAAGGCAUUUUUAUAUGAAUCUUGUGAGAGUAAUUUCAAGAA